UAGGCAUUCCUUUUUUCCUGAAGUGAACAGAACACACUUGGACACGGGCAAAAGAGAAGGAAAGUUGGUGACAGGUGUCCUCCAGGAUGCUGUGGCUGGUGCGGUUCCCAGCGGCGGUGGGCUCUCUGGGGCUGCUGCGUCUGCUGGGGGCCCCCUGGCCCUGGAGCCUGGCGGCAGGCCUAGGCGUCUACCUGGGCACAGGCGGCUGGAAGUUCCUCUACGUGGCCCUCAAGACGGCCCGAAGAGACCUCUUUGGCUUAUAUGUGCUGCUGCGCGUCAAGGUCAGCAUCCGCCACCACCAGCGCCUGGGCAGCACCAUCCCCUCCAUCUUCGCCUCCGUGGCGACGCGCUACCCGGACCGCCCCGCCCUGGUGUGCGAGGCCACGGGACAGACCUGGACCUUUACCCAGCUUGACGCCCGGUCUGAUGCCGUGGCGCAGUGGGCGCUCUCCCAAGGAUGGGCAUCCGGAGAGGUGGUGGCCUUGUUCGCGGAGAGCCGUGCCCAGCUGGUGGCCCUGUGGCUGGGGCUGGCCAAGGUGGGGGUGGAGGCCGCGCUGCUGAACUUCAACCUCCGCCAGCACGCCCUGCUACACUGCCUACGGGCCUCUGGUGCCCGCGCACUGGUCUACGGAGUGGAGCUUGGGCAAGCCGUUCAGGAGGUCCAGUCGGAGCUGGGUUCGUCUCUGCAGCUGUUCUGUACAGGCUCUGGUGGCGCUGACGACGACGUGGAGCUUCAGGCCCUCUCGGCCCAAAACCUGGAUCAAAUCCUGGCCAACACGCCGCACACACCACCCCCUCAGACACACAACAAGGGCUUCAACGACAGACUCUUCUAUAUCUACACUUCAGGGACUACUGGCCUGCCCAAAGCAGCUAUUGUGGUGCACAGUAGGUAUUACCGCAUAGCAGCGUUUGGCUAUUACGCUUUUGGCAUGAGGCCUGAUGACGUCAUAUACAACUGCUUGCCCCUCUACCACUCGGCAGGCAACAUCAUGGGGGUUGGCCAGUGUCUGCUGCACGGCCUGACAGUGGUUGUGAAGAGGAAGUUCUCAGCUAGUCGUUUCUGGGACGACUGUGUCAAAUACAACUGUACGGUAGUGCAGUAUAUCGGUGAGAUCUGCCGGUAUCUGCUGUCUCAGCCCGUGCGUCCCUCGGAGACGUCCCACCGCGUGCGGCUGGCAGUCGGCAACGGGCUGCGGCCCAGCGUCUGGGAGGCCUUCACCCAGCGCUUCCGGGUCAAGCAGGUCGGGGAGUUCUACGGAGCAACAGAGUGCAACUGUAGCAUUGCCAACAUGGACGGAAAGGUGGGGGCGUGCGGUUUCAACAGCAGGAUCCUGCCCAACGUCUACCCCAUUCGCCUAGUGAAGGUCAACGAGGAGACCAUGGAGUUGAUAAGAGACACUCAGGGGCUAUGCAUCCCUUGCAGGCCAGGGGAGAAUGGGCUGCUGGUGGGGAAAAUCAACCAGCAGGACCCUUUGAGGCGUUUUGACGGCUACGCCAACCAAGACGCCACCAAUAAGAAGAUCGCACACAACGUCUUCAAGAAGGGAGACACGGCCUACCUGUCGGGUGACGUCCUGGUGAUGGACGACCUGGGUUACAUGUACUUCCGGGACCGUAGCGGAGACACGUUCCGCUGGAAAGGGGAGAACGUGUCCACAACGGAGGUGGAGGGAACCCUGAGCGGCCUGCUGGGACAGACAGAUGUGGCCGUCUACGGGGUACCUGUCCCAGGUGCGGAGGGUAAGGCUGGCAUGGCCACCAUAGCCCAGUCGACGGGUGGCUUUGACUGUGAGACCUUCCUUAAAGAGGUCCAGGCUGCGCUUCCUCCCUACGCCCGACCUGUCUUCCUGCGCCUCUCACCACACGUCGACACCACAGGAACAUUUAAAAUCCAGAAGACGCGACUGCAGAGGGAAGGAUACGACCCGCGGCACUCAGCCGACCGGAUCUACUUUCUGAACAGUCGGGUGGGGCGUUACGAGGCCAUGACCGAAGACUUGUAUAGUUCCAUCGCAGAAGGAAGAGUGUGUCUAUGAGUGCCUCUCUAUAUAUACUGUAUAUCAUUUUUUAUCACUCCCUAGGGUUUUUUUUAACUGGUGCAUAGAAGAAGAAGAAGAGGAAAAGAACAAAAACACUAGUGAAGUAGGCAGGCGUCUGUGAAGAGUGACAUGCAGACCCUAAAGUACAGUACGUACAAACGGCACAAAAAAAGACUGACUGACAGAACAACCAGCAUACUUACACUUCGAUGCAUUUGAUGGAUGGAUAGAAGCAUGCAUUUACUGAAAUAACACGAAUGACUGAUGGAAGGAUGGAUGAAUGAAUGGGUGAUAAGAAAUGAUGGAUGGAUGAAUGAAUUUACAUGUGGAUAAACAGAUGUAUGGCUGUGGAGUUGGAUGAAAAGAUGAAGUGACACAUGGGAGGAUGGAUGGAUGGAUGGAUGAGCGAAUGAGUGGAAGCGUGUGUGCAUGAGUUUGACACCAGGAAUGACUGCUGAUUGGACAGAUGAAGAGACGAGGAAUGAUACAUGGAUGGAAUAGGAUGAGUGUGAUAGAUGCAACAGAAGAAGAGAUGAGGGUUUGGAUGGUAGAAACUAUGAUUCUAGAUUCUUAGAGAUAGAGAACCUACUGUGUGUAGAGUACGUGGAUGGAUGUAGUGAGUGAAGAAAUGUAGUGAGUAAAGGAUGGCUGGAUUGACGAGACCGACAUGGAUGAGUGAACUGAAGUUGCAAGAAGUGGAUGGAAUUAAGGAUAGAGAAAAAACGUGGAUACGGGCUUAGAUGCUAGAUAUAAUUUAGAUGCUAACUAUAGCUCAUCAAAAACCUAUUGUAUAUACGUACGUUCUGUACUGUAUGAAUAAGCAGAAGUCAGAAAGAUGGAUUGAUAGGUGGAAGGUUUGAUGGAUGGAUGGAUGGAUGGAUGGAUGGAUGGAUGGAUGGAUGGAUGGAUGGAUGGAUGAAUGCAUGGAUGGAGCGAAGACCUGGUGUGAAAUAGUAGCUGGACUGACAAGACAAGCGUGCCUGGGUUGAAGACCUCGGAAAUAGGUGGAUAUUGUAUUAGAAUUGUACUGUAACAAUAAUGUAGAUUCUAACUACAGGUUAUCAAGAACCUGCAGUAUGUUUGUCUGGAUAACCGGCUUGUUAACAAAGUCACAAGAAAUGACUGAUUGAAAGAUUGACAUCAAGCUCAAAGAGGAAUGGAUAAGGUGUAAGAUUGUACUGUAGACAUAAAGUAGAUUCUAACAACUGGUUAUCAGAAACCUAACCAGCUAUUUAACACGGUCAGCAGGAUUUGCCGGCACACAGCACAAACUUCAAACUCAACAAGCACCAUGGCUUCCCUGACUUCCUCCUUCACACAAAAAAAAUAUAUAUAUUUGACAAGUACAGUAGACUUAAAGUAUUUUUUUAUGACAUACAUUUCAUGUACAAUUCGGCAGUUGAACAAAAUAUGCUUUGAAACA